AUGUUCAACAAUUUCGAUCUCUCCCAAGGUCUAGAAUCUCUUCCUGAUGCUCUUCGAACAUUUCUCUUUAAUUUGUCACAGAAACUUGGGAACCUAAAAGUAAUCGAUCUUAGUUACUGCAAGCAUUUGACUGAAGUUCCUGAUCUGUCUGGGAGUUCAAACCUUGAGCAUAUAGAUCUUUGUGAAUGUACAAGUUUGGUUCAGGUUCCUUCUUAUUUUCAAACUUUUGACAAACUUACUUAUCUUGAUCUGGGAGGCUGCCUGAAUCUCAACUAUCUUCCUGAGAUGCCUGUCAACAUUGAAUCCUUAGAUUUAUCUGAGACUGCAAUAAAGGAAUUGCCUUCAUCAGUUUGGUCUCUAGAAAAACUUUGUUCCUUGAAUGUUAAUCAUUGUAAAGCCCUUGAGAAACUUCCGAGCAACAGUUGUAAUCUGAAAGUCUCCGGUACUUUUAGUCUAAACGGCUGCGUAUCUCUUGGCGAGUUUUCGGAGCUUCCCAGGUAUAUAAGCUACCUAGAUUUGAGUAAGACAGCAAUAAAAGAAUUGCCGUCAUCAUUGGAGUCUCUCUUCGGUCUCACUUCAAUUCGUCUAUUCGCUUGUGGCAGCCUUCUGAGUCUCUCAACAAGCAUUCACAAGUUAAAAUCUCUUGAGAUUCUUGAUCUUCAAUUAUGCUCUAAAUUCCAGUACUUCCCAGAAAUACUGGAGCCUAUGGAACAUUUGACGUCUCUUAGUUUAUCAAGUACAGCGGUUAAAGUUCUACCCUCAUCGAUAGGAAAUCUAAUUGGGCUUCGAAAAUUAGAUCUCCAUCACUGCGGGGACCUUGAGGUUGUCCCAAACAGUAUCUACAGUCUAAGUAAACUUGAAACUCUCAACUUUCAUGGCUCCUGGUGCCUUGGGAAAUUGCCUCCCGCCUCAGUAGACCAAGUCAGAUUGCUCUCUUUGAAAGAACUAAUCCUCGCUGAGUGCGGUAUCAAAGAAAUCCCUGAUGCCCUCGUUUGCUUAACCUCAUUAUGUUCCUUAGAUUUGAAAGAUACCGGAGUUAAGAGCAUACCUGCAAGCAUCAAACAAGCUGCUCAGCCGUCUUCCCUGUGCCUAACCUAUUGCCAGAGCCUUGAGUCUUUGCCAGAGCUCCCCCCAUUGCUGCAAUGUCUUGAAGCAGGUCGUUGCACGUCACUGAAGAAAGUGUCAAGUUCAAGGACUGCACUCACACAAGGUUGGGACGUAUUUUCUCCUCCACGGCUUGAGGAGAAACCUAUAUUUUCUGGAUGCCCAAAGUUGGAUGAGAAUGCAAGAAGUGUUGGGUUUUUAGAGAACAAAAUAGUGAUUUUAUUUAUUCAACAAAAGAUAGGUACAAGGCUUUAUAGAGGAGUAGGCUUAUUGGCCUAUUCUCUCUCUUUUUGCUGGCUAUUUGGCCUGUUCUCACUCUCUUUGCUGGCUAUUUGGCCUGUUGGCUAUUUGGCCUGUUCUUACUCUCUUGGCUUUGUACAAGAGACAACAACAUCUAUUUAUACACUAAAGCUGCCGCCAUUGUCCAAGUCGGUGGACUUGGCUUCUUCUCCUAGCCACUACUUUAUAAUAUUAUUACUUUAUUACAAGAUUUUUACAAAGAUUUUUCUAGAAAUCCUCUCUUAA